ACUCCAGUUCGGAGGGAACAGACGAAUACCGGUAAAAAUCUGUGGUCGGAAAAAAUCCAUUUUUACAUUUCAUCUGUUUGUGCGUGCUGUGUGCUUGUAACAAUGCAAUCUUUGCGAAAAACCGGAUGCGUGCUUCCGAGCGGAAUGAGAAUCGCCCGUAUGAUUGCUGGUGAGGCGGGUAGCGGUGCUGGCAAGGGUGGCGGUGGCGGCGGAUCGAUCCGUGAUGCCGGUGGUUCGUUCGGCAGGAUGGAGGUAGCCCACGAGGAGGAAUACUUCUACAAACAGCGCCAGGAGCAGUUGGCCAAGCUGAAGAAGCAGGUGAUCAAUCACGAAGAUUUCCACUCGGAGUCCAUCAAACACCACGAGGAAGCGAUCGAGCGCCAUAAGAAAGCCAUCGAUGAGCUGAAGAGCAGCAAGUGAACCAACGGAUCAUUCGGCAGGGCCUGUAGCACGGUAUUUACUUAUGGUGGAGGUACUGGUGUCUACCAAGGAACGGGGUUUUCGUUUGCUUUUCUUCUUCGAACGUAACUAACGAGACGCGAUCGCUCUCGGUGCCUUCUGAUGGGUAUUAGAAUAAAUAUUGCUACAAACUCACAC